GCCUUCCCGACGCGGAGGAGAUGGCGGCGAGGUUCGGAGCGGCGGGCGGUAACUGUUAGCCGCGCUCGCCUGCGCCGUUCAGAGGAGCAGUCGGGUGGGGAUCGCGCGGGACCGCAGUGCGGGCAGUGCCAUGUCUACAUGGCUCUUGAACUCCUCCAGGGACAGUGACUCCACCUCCUCCCUGGGCAGCCUGUGGCAAUGCCUCACCACUUCUGAGAGGAAACUUCUAAGAUCCAACCUGAACCUACCCUGGCGCCACUUCAGGCCGUUCCCUUUCAUCCUCACCCUGUCAUCUGGGAGAAGAGGCCAACCCCCACCUCACUACAACCUCCUUUCAGAGGAUUGUUUGAGCACAGCACAUGUUCAAGUAUGCAGGCUGCUAAUAUGCUUCUGAAAAAAAUCGUAAGAUGUUCUGCCUUCUCAUUUCCAAUACAACGUGGGAUGAAACAGGAUUUGUUUCCACUUAGUAGAACUCUGAUUCUGUCACCUUGCCUGAAAGAGGACAAUUCACGCAGCUCUUCAGAAAAAGUAGAUUUAGAUGCAUGGAAGGAAGUAAUGAAGUCUGGGUUGCAAGAAGUCAGCCAGACGGUCUCUGAGCCUAAGGAGCUUUCCACUUUGGCUGCUGCACGUGAGACUUUGGAGUUGUGGAGGCUAGUUGGUCGGCCAGUUCCUGAAAACAUCAGUGAAGAACAGCUAAAAGCUUUUAUGGAAUGUCCUUCCAAAUCGGCCAAAAAGAAGUAUUUAAAAUAUUUGCAUCUUAAAGAACUGUACAAGAAAAAUAGCAAAAGAAAGAUGGAUGAGAAAAGGGAAAGGAGGCUGGAAACACAAGAGAGAGCUUCAGAGACUCAAGAGCCCAAGAAGAAUCCAUUUGUUUGUUUGUGGAGCAGUGUUAUGGAUAAAACAUACAACUGGAGAGUUGCUCAGUCUAUGAUCUUUGGCCAGCCUCUAGUGUUUGAUAUGUCGUACGAAAGGUAUAUGUCUGUCAGAGAAGUAGCAAAUGCAGUGAGACAAAUAGUAUUAAGUGAAGGUUGCAAUCGAAGAUCGGUGGAUCCAUUCCACAUUCACUUCUGUAAUUUCAAAGAUGACAGUCUGUAUCAUAAGGAGUUUAUCAAACAUUAUAGAGGAGCGUGGGACAAGCUGCUUAUCACUGUGACAGACCAGUGCUACACAGACAUCUUUCCCAAGGAUAAGCUUAUCUAUCUGACUGCUGAUUCUCCCAAAGUAAUGAAAACUUUUGAUCAUGACAAAAUCUACAUUGUCGGGUCUAUGGUUGACAAGAGUAUAAAAACAGGAGUCUCUUUAGCACAGGCAAAACGACUGGGGCUAGAGACUGCAGCCCUUCCAUUGGAGAAAUACUUGCUUUGGAAUUGCGGUGCUAAAAAUCUCACACUGGAUCAGAUGAUGCAUAUUUUAUUAACCUUGAAAGAUACUGGAGAUUGGAAGAAGGCUCUGGAAUUUGUUCCAAAAAGGAAAUACUGUGGCUUUGUAAACAAGCCUAUGCAUGAACUGAAAAAAGCCUUAAACUUGAUCAACGUACUUAAACUUGGAAAGAGACCAGAAGAAUUACAAAAGCGACUUGCAAACAACUACUCCAAGAGGCUAACACAAAAAUAGAGUGAUGGUGAAGAAAAUUAUUUCACAGGCAAGGUAUAGUCCUGAAUGCACCAGUUUCCUAUGACUUCUGGGACUGUAUUCUGUAGUUACUAUUUGUCACUAAAACUUAUUAGACUAUUUCAAAAAGA